AUGAAUUUUCCAAAGCGUGUUUUAGCCUCAUUUGCGUUACUUUCUAUAAUAUCAGUUUUGAUUUUAACUCUGUAUUAUCUAAAUAUAGGACCAAAUCGUCAGCAUAAUGGAUGUAUAGCAGCCAAGGAAUGGUGGGGGAAUGACUCGAACUUGUACUCAUUAGAAAAUCCAAGAUGGCUGUCGGAGUUACGGAUGGGCAUCAAACAGCACGGGACAGUAGCGACACCUUUCUUUAACAACACAAAUUACACUUCAUACCCACUGGAUAUCGAUAUGAUGAAGCUAGUGAGAGAGUAUCGAGAAGGAUCACAGAACGCAUCACUUCAAAAGAUCAAUGAAUAUCCAUAUCGGUUUUUAACAAAACCGGAAGUGAGGUGUACAAAAAGUACAAAGUUAUUGCUUGUUAUUAAAUCAUCUCCUGAAAAUAGAAAAUCUCGACAAACUCUUCGUGACACCUGGGGAAACGAGGAACGUAUUUUCGGGAUAAAGCGAGUGUUCGUAUUAGCGAGGACAAAAACGUUUUAUAAAGAUGUUGAACAAGAAAUUAAGACACAUGGAGAUAUUCUUCAAAUAGAUUAUGAAGAUAGUUACUAUAUGAACACUUGGAAAACACGCGGCGCUUUGCUGUGGGCCGGAUAUUCAUGUCAGGAAAGUGAUUAUGUCUUGUUGGCUGAUGACGAUUAUUACGUAGCAACAGACCUGUUACUACAGCAACUGGAAAUAACCGGAAGUUGUAAUGAAUCUCUGUACAUGGGAUGGGUUAAUCCGAGGUCAUUUCCGUUCAGAACAAAAAGUAGUAAGUGGUAUAUAUCGACUACAGAUUACCCAUAUAAGAUUUAUCCGCCAUUUGUCAGCGCCGGAAGUAUAGUGAUGUCAAUGAAAUUCGUAAUGGAUUUUAUAAUUGCAAGUCAGUAUACUAAACAUAUUAUUUUUGAUGAUGUGUUCUUGGCAAUAGUUGCCAAUAAAUUGGGUGUUGUGCCUCUAAGCAAUAAUCUUUUUUACACUGGAAAGGUGGAAUACUGGAACGAUGAAUUCUGGAACACUCUCACAGCCCAUGGCUAUCGUCCGUCUGAUUUAAAAAAUGCAUGGCAAUGUCAUAUACUUUUGAAAAAGAAUGGACUUGGUAAACCUUUGAUAUAA